AUGGCCGCUAAUUACGAAUCUCAGGCUUCUACCAACUACAAGGAGGCUUUCUCUCUGUUUGACAAGCGAGGCAAUGGCCGCGUCACUCUGGAUAGCUUAGGAGACCUCCUGCGCGCAUGUGGACAGAACCCGACAUUGGCAGAAAUUAGGGACCUGGAGAAGAAUGUCGGUGGCGAAUUCGACUUUGAGACAUUCCAGCGCGUACUGAACCGACCUGGCGGUUUCCGCGACCCGGGCGAGCCUGACGAGUACUGCCGAGGAUUCCAAGUUUUCGACAAGGACAUGACGGGCUUCAUUGGAGUCGGACAGCUCAAGUACAUCUUGACGAAUCUCGGCGAGAAGAUGACGGACGAGGAGGUGGACGAGCUUCUCAAGGCAGUCGACACGAGUUCCGGACAGGUCAACUACACUGAGCUUGUCCGAACCAUCUUGGCUAACUAG